GAAUAAGCAAAAAGAGGAGAAGAAGAAGAAAUUGUUUUUUAAUCUUCGCACCAAACACUCUCAUCGUUUCAGAGAGUCCCUGUAUUUAGAUUUAUUUUAUUUUAUUUUGUUAAAAUAUUUUCGGAUUGAGCUGAGCGAUCACCUCUUGGCAUUUUCAUGGCGUUGAGGUCGAUUUAUCGUGGCUUGAGGAAGAGUAAUUUUCUGUCGCCGCUAUGUAAUUCGUGCGCGCAUUUACACUCCCAUGCCACCAGUUUCGGAUUUAAGGAAGUCAGGGAGGAGGAAAAGAGUCAACUGGUUGGCAAUGUUUUCACGAGUGUCGCCUCGAGUUAUGAUGUAAUGAAUGAUUUGAUGAGUGGUGGUCUGCAUAGAUUAUGGAAAGAAAGAUUGGUCUCCGAGUUGAAUCCAUUUCCAGGAAUGAAGCAUCUUGAUGUGGCUGGUGGAACGGGGGAUGUGGCUUUCAGAAUCCUCGAACAUAUUAAUAGUGUUGGACAUAGAGCAAUGCGAGAUACUGAGGAUGAUAAUCUACUGGAAGAGACUAAAAUUUUUGUCUGUGAUAUUAACCCUAAUAUGUUAAAUGUGGGCAAAAAGAGAGCCCAAGAGAGAGGUCUUGGAGACAAUAAAUCUCUCGUUUGGGUUGAAGGAGAUGCGGAAGCACUAAAAUUUGAAGAUGAUUCAAUGGAUGGUUAUACGAUUGCAUUCGGGAUUAGGAAUGUUACACAUAUAGAAAAAGCUCUUGCAGAAGCUCAUAGGGUACUUAAACGGGGAGGAAGAUUUCUUUGCCUUGAACUGAGCCAUGUGGAAAAUCCAAUCUUUAAACAGUUGUAUGAUUACUACUCAUUCUCGAUCAUUCCAGCAUUAGGGGAGCUGGUUGCUGGUGAUCGUGAAUCUUACCAGUAUCUGGUUGAGAGUAUUCGCCGUUUUCCCUCACAGGAGAAAUUUGCUGCAAUGAUUGCGGAGGCAGGGUUUCAGAAGGUUGAGUAUGAAAACCUUGUGGGAGGAGUAGUAGCUAUCCAUUCUGGGCUCAAGUUUUAGGAGUGGUGCAUUCAGUCUGAUCCAUGUUUCCUGGUUCCUUCUUUUGACGCAAAUGGCAUUCAGAAUUUUUGUAGAAACUCUAAUGGAAACUUUGCGAAGGGGGUAUCACUCCACGUAAAUCGUGAAUUUUGUCAUAAGCAUUUCCUGAUAAGGAUUUGGUGUCACUUGUACCCCUAUUUGAGGGCCUCGCAAUUUACUGUUAGUUGGUUCCCUUCUGCUUUUCCUUCUAA